AUAAACAACCUCAACGAGACCAAAAUAUGUUGCCGGGCAUUCUGCCUUCGUUGUUUGGUUUCGCGGACGAACGUCGUGACGAGUGCGGUUGUUGGCAUACGUUGGACCUAACGUCGUUUCGGCGGAUACUCACCUCCACACUUUUCCAGGAUUAAAUGUAAAGGAAUGAAGCCCCCGGCGUUCAGCCUUCCACGUCACACCGACGAGCCCAGCCUGUGGGGUCCCCUGGCAACCACAGUGGUUGGGCUGUGCCUCAGCCUGUGCGGCACGGUAACCUUCAUGGUCGGCUUCGUGUGGCUCCGGUACCAGCCUGUGUGGGUGGCCGGGGUACUCCUGUUUGCGCUCAGCCUUGUAGCCAUUUGCUCUGGCAUGCUGGCCUACAAGACGCAGGUAGACCGCUUCAGGCACGAGACGCAGAACCAGCACUAUGCCACACCCUACGGGCGACUGCACGCGGAGGACGAAGAAGCUGGUCCCUCCCGUCAGGCUGCUGCAGUGAAGUCUGGUCGCUUGGGCCCGUCGAAUGCACCGCCAUCCAUGAUCAUCCUCCAAGACACGGCCGGCUGGAACGGAACAGCACCGCAGUCGCAUAAUUUGCACGCUUGUGGCGUCGCUGUUCACAUCUAGACAGUGUGAUGCCUUCAUCAUGUAGGCGCUAACAUCUACGAGGCGACACCAGCGCAGAUCGAACACUGUCAUCAUCGAUGAUGGCGGUCAUCAUCGAUACUAUUCGGGUUAUCGGCUCUAUCUCGAUUUUAAGGCCGACACGCAGUGUUUAUAGUCAGAGGAGCGCCGUUGCCAGACAUAAGUAGAAGCUUUGUUACACAAAGUGGCAGGGGUACAUGAAUACUUCAAACUUUUUAAUAAGGAAUCUAUAUUUCGCUAUUCCAUUCGGUGCUCGAGUGAAAUAGACAUGACGCACGAAUUAUAGUGCUUUCUAAUAGUUUUCGAAUAGUUCACAUCAUCAAGUGCGCAGAACCAAAUAUGGAACUGGGAAAACGUUGCGAUAACUUUCAUCCCGGCCACAGUGAGCAUACUAAAUCACGUAAAGUUACGUAAUAGAGCACUCUGCGUCGUUCAGCGAGCCAAAGUAUUCCGGCUGAACCCGCAAUAUUACGGUAUUUGCACGAUUCUAACGCGCAUUUCUUUUUAAUAAAUGCGCGUUCAAAUUGACAUGCGCGUUACAUUCGCAACUAAUUCUCCUCAAACUAAAAAAAUGAAACCGAUCCUUACUAAAAAAAAGAAAGCUCCAUGCAAGGUAGCUAGCCACACUGCCCUAAAAAGCGACGCUUUGAGACAUCGUAAGGUGGGUCAUUGGCGCAUGGAAUGCCUUCUUGCAGACAAUGGUUGUGCGAGCCUCCAGAAUUGUGAAAUUUCUAGUGCAAAAAAUUGGACUCAAGAUGACUUUCUGAGGUUAGAAGACCGUGAAAAGGAGGUGUCGUCGGACUCCGAUGGCCACUAGCUGCUAAGAUUCUGCUGUGUGCCUGUUUGUGUGCCUUUCUAUGAUCUGUAAUAUCAUUUCGUCACGGAACACGUGGACUCAGGUUUUGUUACUUUAUGUGCACGGUAGAAUCGGCACCAAGUUAUGUUUUUUUUUUUAAUAUUUGGGCGAUAAUAUACAACUGCACGUUACAGUCGGUGACGCUGUAGAAUUGGGAAAAUACGGUAUUCUUACUGAAAGUUUUCAUCACUAUCGCAUUCAGAGGGGGAAUUUGUUGAAGGGACACGGCACGUGUUUGUUAGAGCUCACGGUGUCGUUAAAGGUAAGGCAACCCUGAACUGAGGACCCACCCAUCGAGGCAGAAUAUCCAACUGAUUUUAUAAAUAAAAGCUAUUACUUCUCUCUUUGGAAUAAAUUGAAAAUAGGCAGUGUCGCAACAAUGCUUUCAUAUAAUAAUGGUGCUAUUUUUCGCUAUCUUCCAAACAGCGAAAAAAAAAUAACACUUUUGUCGUUCCGUAGUCGGCACCGACGAGGAAAACAUAAUUUUUUUAUUUAAAAAGGCUGUAAUUAUUUGAAAACUGUUCGAAACAUCCUUGAAUGUUAUUCGCUUUGACACUGGCACUAUUCGAUUCGUAUCCGAUUCCGCUUCACAAAUUGCUAUUUGCACACACCUACAAACUACGAAGUCAGUGUAGCCUGUUGCCUUGUUGAACACAUUCGGCCUUGGCUUUCUCCCUUGUGGCACUCACGAGUCUCCCGUAGGUUAUGUACAUAGACCUCCUCACCGCAUCGUAAUUCCCCGUUCAAAAUGUUUCUGGGGUGUCAGAACACUAAUUGGCGAGUGAAUAUUGGCCUGAAGCACAGUACUCGAGUUUUAGCCUGGUCGUUACAAGGAAAUAUAUUUAAAUCUUAAGGUUCUCAGUUGGUCGCGUGAAGAUAUAUUUUAUGCUCAGUUCAAGAACUCGUAGUGUUGCAAACACCACGUACAGUGCAUUUUGACGCACAGCUAGAUAUUGCUGUAAAAAGAAGUUGGUGGUGAAUCCAACACAUCGUGUAACUAGCACGCCCGCAAAAUGAGAAAAAUGCCAGCAUCAUCUUGAGAAGGGGCACCGACAUUUUUUUUUCUUCUAAUCAAGCUCGACCAAGAAAACUACGUGGGAAUACGAUUCUGGCGGUGGUUAGGACGACUGAGACGGUUCGAAACAUUGUUUGCCAUCAUGAAUCAACAAUCGCAUGACACUCUAAUGUAUGGAAUACUGCAUUGUUGUUGUUGUUUUUUGUUAGAACUUCAAAGGAGCAUCACAGACACCCACAGCCUUCGGAUGCCCUCCACUUUAGAGGCUGUGUAAUGCUGGCACUGCUGCAGUCAUCUGGAAUAUAGUUCUACUCCUGCAGUAUUAUGUGAAUGUUUGGUUGUUUAGUUCGAGUUGCCAACUUCGAGGAUAUGCAGGCAUGCAGAUGCACUGUCUGCCAGGCACGCCAGGGUAAAUCCAUGUGUUGCAACGCCACUGCCACCACUGUUGUCACAACCACCAUUUGCAUUGCAAUUGCACUCAUGUGAAACUUCGUUGUUCCCUAUUUCUGUAAACCUUGAGCAAGAAAAAUAUAAAAGAGGCAAUGCAUGACACAGGUCGCAUAUGUAUUUGCUUCACCAACGUUGCGCAAAAAUUAAUCACAAUGUUCUGCAGAAAGGGAAAGUUCUUAACGUGAGAGAAAUUCCUGCACUCGCGAGACGCCUUUCUCCCUUUGGAAAAGUUCAAGAGGAACUUUUCAUACUCGUUAGCCCAACGGCCAUCUUUGUAAGACAGGCUGCACUCAACGAGCUGUCUGAGACGUGAUUGGAUUCUUUACGAAAAAGGGGAGGUUCUUAACCGCUAGCAGUUCCUUGCCCUGCAUCACCACACAUGCGCAUGUUCCUCCACAGUGCCAGCGUUUGAAGGUAUAUCUUGUUAUUAUCAUGCCCCAAGGUCCACAUGGUUAGAGAUCGCUGAACCAACACGUCACAAGAGAGCGCUACGAGGAAAAUGCGGGCAAAGGAAGUCAGAGCAUAGAAACGGUAAGGCAUAGCAAACGUUUCCUUGCUGCCGUCAAGGUGCUCAGCGAGUAGGCGUGUCAGUUAUUUUUUAUUUAUUUAUUUUAUUCAUGCGAAUACCUCCAGUGCCACAAGAGCAUUGUAGCAGGGAGGCACUACAGAGAUACAUUGGCACAAAGAUUGACUUCGGAAAGAAAAUAUACAUAUGCAGAAAGCUCAGAUAAAAACAAAUAAGACUAACUUCUGCAGGAAAACAUAGGCAAAGGCAACCGAGGAAACAGUUAAGCGAAAAGAUAAUUGAUCGCAAUAGGCGAACCACAGACCAGCACACAAGUUAAAACAUGGAACAGGGUAAUAUGCAGCUAUGAAAAAAUUAACAAUAAGAAAGAUUUAAACUCGGAACAGGUUUUACAUUGAUUAAUGCUCUUAGAGAGCUUAUUCCGUAGAGCUGAAGCGUGCGGGAAGAAUUAAUUGCGGAAAACUUCAAUGCGACAGCGCAAUUCAAGAAAUUUAUCAUCACGAUCGCAUCCCUAAGCGACAAAGUGUGGAGGCAAAAUGUACAGAUCUUUGUCUAUUCUGGUGACACCAGAGCAUAUCUGGAAAAACGGUUGCAGGUUUGCAGUCAUUCGUCAAUGCGCGAGUGAUUUCCAGCCUAUAUUUUCUGUAAAUACUGAGACACUGCUCCGAAAGUCAUAAUUGCCAGAAACAAACGUGGCCGCACGGUUUUGAAUUCACGCACGAUUUUCAACAAGGUACGACGUUUGAGGGUCCCACGCUUUACAACCGUAUUCAAAAAUUGGACGCACAUUGGUAACGUAAAGUUGUUCCUUGACAUUUAAAGGGGCCCGUUCAAAAUUAUGUCGAUAAGUUAAGUAUAAUGGAUUACUUUAAAUUGCCUAAGAGACACGGUCAUAAACUCCGCUGUCUACCGCAAGUAGAACGUUUGAACUCAGUGUCACCGUCGUUGCCUAAUAACUUGCAACAGCACACGCUUCACUAGCUAUUCCAGCCAUUAGCGCACAGGUGACACAUGACAGGCGCGGUAAUGGAACGGGAGAGCGGUAACGCUCACCUGAAACGUUCUAAUGUCACCCUUCGCCAUGCCCUUCCAAGCCAAAGCAAAUACUGGUGAUCGGAACGAUCUGUAUACGUGGCUUAAUGACCCUCCGUGUCGCACGCUCUUUGUACACACAUCCGGGUUGACGGAUUUGGCUACCUGUUGUGAUAAGCUGAGUGUCGCGAUAUUUUUACGCCAGCCCUUUAUAGGCCUCGAGGUCAUCCCCUGAACAAUAAAGACGUUUUAAGUACUAUAAUUAACCACCUGCUCGAAGUCUGCUCGCCGUCAAGCCGAUGCCACUUCCGACAGCAUCCGCCUCCAGCGACGCAACCAAGAACCAAGUCACCCAAACCAUCACAAAGAAACUUCACUUGGAGCUCUAACUAUUCGGUGAUUUCUCUUUGUGUGGCGGUGUCCUAUAGUUACAGCACUUAUAGUUGAGGGAUCGUCCAUGUGAGUAGAAAUGUGUCACGAGCUCACUCCUUGCUUAGUUCGUACCUGGUUGAUGAGCUCGAACAUGUUGAGGUGCUACAGAUGAUAUAAAUGCUUGUUUUUUUGGCUAGGUCGUAAGCGUUCGCAAGCAAGUCAAUGAGUAAAUACUGAAGUUUUCAUAUAAAUUGUCGCUUGCAAUAAUAUUUCACUAGCUGCCGCUAUUGUCGCGAAGUCACACAAGCCCUCACGGAAUCCAAUCAAGCUCAUUGCACUGGUGCACCUGAACAAGCCAAGCUCGUCUAUCGCUACAUCUCAAUCUGACCAAAUGAUUCACUGGCCGCACUGGUUGGUUGAUAGUCCUGAAGUGGUUAAAUAUUUUUCGCCGUAGUCUUCACCUGAUAAGAAACAAAUUGCUUCAGCUAAGCUAUCUCCGAAGCUAUUGAUAGCAUGUUUGAUAGCUCUUCGCAGCUCUUGAUCGCAAAGAGAGAUAGUUUAUUUGAAAGAAGGCAGAGACGUUGGCCUGAGCUAAAGCGCUCUAGCCUGCUACUCUGCACAGGGGGGAGGGGGAACGGGGACAUAAAGGUGUGAUGAGGGACGAUGACAACAAACGUGCUCAUAAAUGCUGAGCGCAGGCUUUUCCCUCUACCUCCUACAAACAGCCAGAGACUCAAAUACUGAUUACAUAAUAUUCAGCUGAGUCAAAUAAGGAAACAAGUUUCAUGCCGGAACAGGGCCCUCUUAUUGCAACCACGCUAGGGAGAACUCUAUCAAAUUUUUGCAUACCUGAAUACUUGGUACUUGUUAAUCAACUACUUUAUAUAUGCAAGCCAUGUAUAAUACUGUAUGUCUAUUUGAUUUUGUCAAAUAUUUGGCCAGAUCGGCUAUAUAUACAUAUAGCCCAUCUACAUUACGCAAAAUAUUUCUGCGUGCCUCACUGCAGGUAAUAAAUUUGUAUAUACGUUCC